AUGUACCCCUCUCCUGAGGUUGAACAUCAUAGCGAGAAGGAUGACGAUUCCUCUAGAUCUGAGAAGGACAUGGCUGCUGAAGGUUUAUGCUCUCUAGGGCAAACUGUGUCUGGUAAAGGAAAAUUUGUGGCAUCUACAACUGCCAAUGCUUCCCACUCUGAGAAGCAUGAUGCUGCAAACAAUGUAAUUGACCUAGAGGAUGAUAGGUCUGAUGAUCAAGAGGAUAACUUACUUCAACACUUAAAGCCUAGUGUGGCUAAACGUAUGAAGGCUAGAAAAGGAAGAUCUGUGGCUGAAAUGUUGUCUGCUAAAACUGCUAAGAAGACUGUUGGUGUUGGCCCUUCCAAAUCUUGGAGCAAGGUUGAUAUGAAGAAGAGGAAGGUUAGAGAAGUUUCUGAGUCUGAAGAAGAUGUUGAGGAAGAUGCCCCUGACAUCUCCCCUGUAAAGAGGACCACUGUGAGGAAGUCCCCUGUGAAAGUUGUUGUUGUGCAUUUGGAUAAUAUCUCUUUCCAUCUUAAAGACGGAGCUGCCAAAUGGAAAUUUGUGAUUCAAAGAAGGGUGGAUGUAGAGAGGGAGUUAGGAAAGGAUGUUGUUGAAGUCAAAGAGGUCAUGGACCUAAUAAAGAAUGCUGGGUUAAUGAAGACUGUGGCUGGGUUAUCUCAGUGCUAUGAGGGGUUGGUUAAGGAAUUCAUUGUCAACAUUCCUGAAGAUAUUGCUGAUAAGAACAUCAAGGAAUUUUGCAAAGUAUUUAUGAGAGUUAUGUUCUGCUGUUUUGAUGUUUACUUUGUUGGUUUGUAUCUCAACUUGUUUAAAGCUGGGGGAGAAGUAGCUUUAGCUAUAGAUGAUGCUAUAGAUGAUGUGAUAGAUGAUGUUAUAGAUGAUGUUAUAGAUGAUGUUGGAGAUGAUGUUGGAUGUUUGAUACAAAGAGGGAGAAAAGAGGGAAGUGUUAUGUCUGUGUAA